AUGGAUGACAUUUUCACUCAGUGCCAGAGGGGCAACGCAGUGGCUGUUCACCUGUGGCUGAACACCAUGGAGAACUACCUCAACCACGGGGGUGAUCAUGGCUUCUCCCCCUUGUACUGGGCCUGCCAAGAGGGCCGUUCUGCUGUGGUUGAGAUGCUAAUCAUACGGGGGACACAAAUCAAUGUGAUGAACCAUAGGGAUAACACCACCCUGCACCUGGCAGCCAGUCAUGGACACCGUGAUAUUGUGCAGAAGCUGCUGCAGUAUAAAGCUAACAUCAAUGCAAUGAACAAGCAUGGAAAUCUGCCCUUGCACUAUGCCUGUUUUGGGGGCCAAGAUCAGGUUGCAGAGGACCUGGUGGCUAAUGGGGCCCUUGUUAGCAUUUGUAACAAGUAUGGAGAGAUGCCUGUGGACAAAGCCAAGGCACCCCUGAGAGAGCUCCUCCAAGAGCGUGCAGAGAAGAUUGGCCACAACCCUAACCAUAUUCUAUACAAGGACACAUUCUGGAAGGGAACCACCCUCACUCAGCCCAGAAAUGGGACUCUGAACAAACACUUUGGCACUGACUUCAAACAGCUCAACUUUCCGGCAAAGCUCAAUGAGAAUCACUCUGGAAAACUAUGGAAGGGCCGUUGGCAGGGAGUGCUAAAGGUUCGAGACUGGAGUACAAGGAAGAGCAGGGACUUCAAUGAGGAGUGUCCCCGUCUCAGGAUUUUCUCGCAUCCAAAUGUGCUCCCAGUGCUAGGUGCCAGUCAGUCUCCACCUGCUCCUCACCCCAGCUUCAACGCACACUUGAUGCCUCCAGUCAUGUUACUACCCCAGCCAUGGGGUCCAUCCCCUUCGCCAUCCUUACCACUGCAGCCCCCAAAAGAGCUAGGCUCAGAGCUUUGUCACUUGCCACACAGUAUCUCCCAGCAUGGGAGGGACUAG